CAGGAUAAAGGCCCCAGCAUGAAUUUUGGAUCAAUCAUUAUUGGUAUAGCAGUUGAUAUCCUGUUACUGACACAAUAUGGAAUGUCCGAGACAUGUCCUGAUAUAGCGACUGCCAUACUCCAAUCAGAAGAGCGUAUGAAAUCCUUCAUAACCACAUUGAUUGAGAAACAUGAAGGAGAGACACAAGCGAAUAUAGAAAACCUCAGAAGAGAAAUUAUUGGAAAAUGUGUUGGUGCACAUUGGGGAGACUGGGGUGAAUGGAGUGUAUGUGACACUACAAUAUGCAAUAUUGCCCACAGAAUAAGAAAGUGCUAUGAUGAGAAUGAUGAAGAGGUGGAUCCAUCCCAUUGUGGUAAAACUGGUGAUCACAUUGAGAAGAAACAAUGCUGUGAGGAGCUUCAAAAAAUUGAAAAGAAAAAGUUCUACAAAAGUCUUUCCGAGGAUGGGCCAC